AUGGUGAAGGUCGGAGUGAAUGGAUUUGGCCGCAUUUGGGUGCCUGCAGGUCUGUCCCGCCAGCUGUGUGAGCUCUCCCACCCAAAGAAAGCAGCAGAGACUCAGACAGCAAAGCCUGGAGUAACCCACGCAGUCUGUUACCGACCAGUGCAUGUGAAGAGACUUGAGGGCAGCAGAAUGGAAUCAGAAAGAGAAAUCAUCAACCUUCAACCUGGAAACACCAGCGCUGGGAGGAAUCAGCCCAUCAAUCUGAACCAUUACGCCACCAAGAAGAGUGUGGCAGAGAGCAUGCUGGAUGUGGCCCUCUUUAUGUCCAAUGCCACACGGCUGAAAACAGUGUUGGAGCAAGGGCCAUCUUCUCAUUACUACAUCACCCUGGUCACCCUCAUCAGCAUCUCCUUGCUUCUACAGGUGGUCAUUGGAAUUCUGCUGGUGGUCAUUGCACGGCUGAACCUGAACGAGGUGGAAAAGCAGUGGCGAUUAAACCAGCUCAACAAUGCUACCACUACCUUGGUCUUCAUCACUGUUGUCAUCAACAUCUUCAUUACAGCCUUUGGGGCACAUAAGACAGGGUUCAUGGCUGCCAGAGCCUCAAGAAAUCCUCUCUGA